GCACAAGGUAAAGGAAACAAUCACUUUUAUUCUUCUACUGUAUUAAUUUGAUUUACUGCUGAUAAUUGUGAAAAUGAUACAAACUGUAUGAAUUUUUUAUAAUUUGUGUUAAUUCAACAGACAACCAACAUUCAUCUCGUCAGUGAAGCCAGUCAGACCCAGAAUGACGAAGGCCCCCAUAGGCCUAAUGUGCAACACCAGAUAAAAUUGGCAACAAUCUUGCUGAUUUGCUUUAUUGCAGAAUACAACCUUCCUUUCUUGAUUGCCGACCAUCUCAUUGACUUACGUAAAACAAUGUUUCCAGAUUCGGUAAUUGCACAAGGCCUAGAAAUGAAAAGAACAAAAUGCACUGAAAUAGCAAAAAACCUAGGUACCUGUAUGACAAAUGAUUUAUUUGAAAAAUUAAAGAGCAAUUUAUUUUCCAUUAUCAUAGACGAGUCAACUGACGUCACUGCAAGCAAGUUCCUCACUAUUAUAGUUAAGUAUUUUGACUUUAAAAAUUGUACUAUUAAAACUAGAAUGCUAGACCUAAUUGAUAUUUAUGAAGGUAAUGCUGAAAACGUUGGUUCUAGUGGGGAAGUACUUUUCAAGAAACUUAUUGAAAUAUUAGAGGCUCAUCAGAUUCCUCUGAGUAACUUCAUAGGAUUUGCUGCAGAUGGUGCUUCAAAUGUAAUGGGUGCAUUUGACUCCCUGAGCAGUAGGCUAAAGGAGACACUACCUGGGAUUACAAUUUUUAAAUGUAUUUGUCAUUCAAUUAAUCUUUGUUCUUCAGAGGCUGCGAAAACCCUGCCUAGGCAAUGCGAGGAUUUCAUACGCAAUGUCUAAACUCACUUUGCACACAGUGCAAAGAGGAAAUAUGAAUUCAAGCAAUUUCAAGGUAUUUUUGAGUUAAUAUUUUUUUUACCCUAAUCUUGAAAAAAACCAUGUGCCUUUGAACAAUAUAUCUACUUAGUGGCAGCAGUGCAUGGGCUACUUCAAACUGAACACUACAGACAUCAACCAUUUUUAAACCAUGUAAGGUAUAGGUGCAGAUCAUUCAUGAUAAAAAUGUGUAUGGAGUUACAGAAAAGAUUUAACUUAAAACAUCCAUUAUGGCAUAUGGCUUCAUUCUUUAAUCCUGAUAAACUCCUUGAUAACAACACGAGGUCUAUAUUACCAACAUUAUUACCUUUUACUGAAAUUGUACCCCGUAUUUACAAGGGGAAUAUCCAAGAUUUAGACAAUGAGUGGAGAAAUCUCGACAGCAUUUCCAUACCUGCAGAACUCAGGUCAGAACAGUGUAAUAAUAUUAUUAACUUUUAUAGAACACUAGGAGAAAUUAAAGAUAAUGUGCACCAAUUCAAAAAUCUUGCUACGUUUGCUUUACAAAUUAUAUCAUUGCCAAUAACAAACACGGAUGCUGAAAGACUUUUCUCGAAACUGAAUUUAAUAAACACUGAUAUGAGGAAUAAACUUAGUUUACAAUCAACUCAAGCAUUAACUUUCGUUUCAGAGGCAGUGAGGGAACAAAGAGGUUAUUACAAGUUUAAGCCAUCAGCGGCAAUGGUAUCCGUUGCAUAAGAAAAUAUAAGCAAUAUUAUGGAAUAAUAGUUAUUGUUUAUUUUUGGUUCUUAUAUACUUAAUCUGAAAAAAAGUACUUGUCUAUGUUAUUUUUGUCCUUUUGUAAGUUAUUGGCUUGUGGUUGUUUUGGUUAUUCAUAUGCUGUUUACUUGUAAAUAUAUUGUGAAAGUAUGAAUUUUUUUUUAUUUAAUCCAUUUUGGGGUAUUAGAUUGGAAAGAAAUAGAACUGUAGGAUUUAAUUUGAAAUAGCAAAAUAGUUUACCGUAAUCAACGUUUUCUUUGAAAAGACGACGUCAAAAUAGAAAACCUUUAAUCUCCCUCGAAAGGUGAAAAAGGUUUGUACUACGUUUUUGUACACUAUACAUAUUACGAUUUUUUACAUCACUAUAUUUCUGCAUGUGACAGGUCUAAAAUGAAUGAGAAAACGUAUCAUUUACUGUAUAUCGAUUUACAAUAUCAUUGACCUCCUAAG